GUGCGUGAGGUGCAGUGGCACUCGGAGUAACAAGCAGAUCGUUGUGCUUUCUAUAAUUGCAGGUUCCUUGGGUGGCAGGGUUUAUAACUGCACAGAGCGUAAACUCUCCACAGGAAAAACUGGUUAUGUAUUCUCGAGAUGUGUUGUCACAGGUGUUCGGACUGGGUUUCGUCUAUCCCAAAGAGUGAAAUGGGCCGGAGAAUUGAAGAAUGAAGGAGCUGAGCAGUUUCGAGUCACACCUUCAUUGAUCCAGAAUCAUACAGAUCUUGCCUUCCUCAAAGAAUGA